AUGUACCCCCGUACCACUGCCCAGGACGUGAUUCGAUUUGAUCUGUGUGAGACUGCUAUAGUACAGAUGUACUGUGAUACAUGCCUUGUCAACCUCUGCAAGGCCUGUGUUGGAGAACACAUCUCAAAGGAUGAUUCCAGGGAUCACAAAGUGGUCAAAUUUCAGUUAAGGAACGCCAUUCCCCACUACCCUAAUUGUGCCUCCCACGAGAAGGAACAAUGUGCGAUGUAUUGCAGACACUGUGAUAUUCCCGUCUGUCACAGUUGCUUAGCAACGAAUCAUCACUUCAGUCAUACGUUAUCAAAAAUCUUGCAAGUUCUCAGUGAAAAGCAAGAUAUGAUUAAAAAAAAGCAAACUGAAUUACAUAAAAGAAUUUAUCCAACCUACAAGAGCAUUACCUUUGAUGUACAAAUCAAAAUAAGUCGGUUAGAGGAGGAAUAUGGAGAUCUCUCAACAACUAUAACAGAGCAUGGGAAUAACCUGCAUAAAGAAAUUGACCAACUUGUCUCGAAACUUAAAUCUCAAGCUGAUGAAAUGAAAGCGUCACAGUUACAAACUUUAAAAGAACAUUUGGCUGAGAUAAACAAACAAAUUGAUGACAUGGAAAUUGAAAUUAGUUCACUUGAUACCGCUGCCACAUCUAAUGACAUUUCAGCAUUAAUCAAUGUAAGAUCCAUUGUAGAUGAUUAUAAAAAGAUUCCACAAAAACUUGAGCCAUCUGUACCUAAAUUCAUUUCAGGGGCAAUUCAGGGCAAAGAACUUCCUGAACUCUUUGGAACUUUAUUGUCAAUUUCUCCUACGUCAGAGGAGGAUGACUAUAGUAUGAAGACAACACAGGAAUCACCAGAAGAGGAAACUAUUCCUCCAGUUGGACAAUAUACAUCAGAAGCUAUAUUUUAUCCUCAAGCCAAUCAAAAAUUAGCAGAAGUUAAAUUCUCUCCACCAGUCCCUCCAAAACCACCAAAGAAGAACUUGUUGCCAUCUUCGGGCAAACAAAAAUAA